UGGCAAACACCCUCACACAUAGGGAUAUGAUUGACAUGGUUUUCACUGUCCUCGCGGUCCUAAGCCUUCUGUCCCGGUGAGGGUAGCAGGAGCCUCCGUGUAUUUUCCCCCCUUCCCGCUCAUACCCUUUGUCUCCCGGUAAUCGCUCACUCCACAUGCUUCCUCCUCUUUGUACCGAGUACUUCUCCUCCCUCCCCAAUGUGGACUCCCCAGGCGGCUGCGCUCGUCCUUUGUAAUUCACACAGGGAAUCAUGGCGACCCGCCGGACAACUCCACCUGAGGGUGACGGUGAGAGGAAGCUACAAGCGCCCACCGGGUUGGGCGGUGAGGGAUCAAAAAACAAAGAUGGGAGAGAGCAGAGUGAGAUGGUCUCGCCGGCGGAAGAGGAGGUUUUUUCUUGGCCUGGUCCGAAGUCGGUUUCCUUGAGAAGGACAUCUGAGGGAUUUGGUUUUACUUUAAGGCACUUCAUUGUUUAUCCACCUGAAUCUGCUGUCCAGACUUCAAUAAAGGAUGAAGAGAAUGGGAACAAAGGAGGGCGGCAAAGAAACAGAUUGGAACCAAUGGAUACCAUAUUUGUUAAACAGGUUAAGGAGGGAGGACCUGCGUAUGAAGCUGGAUUAUGUACAGGGGAUAGAAUCAUAAAAGUGAAUGGUGAAAGUGUAAUCGGGAAGACUUAUUCUCAAGUAAUUGCUUUGAUCCAGAACAGUGAUUCCACUUUAGAGCUUAGCGUGAUGCCAAAAGAUGAAGACAUCCUGCAACUGCUGCAGUUUCCAAAGGAUGUCACAGCACUGGCAUAUUCCCAAGAUGCUUACCUAAAAGGAAAUGAAGCCUACAGUGGAAAUGCCCACAAUAUCCCUGAACCUCCACCGAUAUGUUAUCCCAGAAUAAAGCCAACUGCAACGGUCAUGGCACAGCCAGUUGAAGUUCCACCUCCAAGCUCCUCAUUGGUUAAGCAGCAAUCUAUUCGGCCAGUGCGGACAGCAACACCACCAGACAGAAGUUACAGAGUUGAAAUACAAGUGCCUCCUUCACCAACGGAUAUUGUUAAAUCAAACACAGCAGUGUGUAUUAGCAAUGAAGCUGUUAGAACUAUUAUUGUGCCUUCCGAGAAGGUUGUAGAUCGUUCAUCAGUUAGAGUCAAUCGAGCUGGCCCCUCACACAGGACUGAAGAGGUAAGGUAUGGUUUAGCAGAUCCAUCUACUUUUAAAACAAAAACAAGGACCACAUCACCACCUUCUGCCACUCCCACUUUAGUGCCGAUAGUUCCAUUUAGUCGGCAGUUAGAUAAUAAUGGAUUAAUGGGUAAACCACCUAGCUACGGAGGACAUACUGAAAGCAUGUUUAACUCUAGGACAGCAAUCCAAGGGGAAGAAUCUCCAUCUCCUACAAAUCAUUAUUUAUCCCCAAAUUCCCACCAGCAUAUAGACUGGCGAAACUAUAAAACCUACAAAGAAUAUAUUGAUAAUAGACGUUUGCAAAUGUAUGGCUGCAGAACAAUACAGGAAAGACUAGACAGCCUUAGAGCAGCAUCGCAAAACACAAAUGAUUACAACCCAAUGUUGCCAAAUCGCCCUUCUGUGCAAGUGCGUCGAAGAAGUACCUCCCAUGACAGAGUUCCUCAGUCUGCCCAAAUUCGGCAAAGGAGUGUUUCUCAAGAAAGAUUAGAAGAUACAGUGUUAAUGAAAGAAUGGCCCAGAAGUGCUUCUCAAGAUACUUUGACAACACCAGUCUUUGUUCCCCGUAACCACAGAUCGGAAUCAUGGGAUUAUCUUGAAAGGCAGGGUGACAAACACUUUGUUCCAGAUUCUCAAGAAUCUAAUGUAGAGCGAAAGCACAAUUAUAAAUGGUCAGGAUUUACUGAGCAAGAUGAUAGAAGAGGUAUUUAUGAGCGACCUAGACAGCAUACAUUGCAUAUGUCUAUUCGAUCACCUAAUUAUGCCGCAGCCCCUCUUGCCUACAGUUCUGACAAUAGACGAGUUGGUUCUAGAGUUUUGACCUCCUCACAUCCACUACAAAAAGUUCCAUCUGAUGUAAAAACUGUACAACCUACUAGAAACUUUCAGACUUCAUCUUGCAGAGUUGCACAUCCUAGACAGACUUUAUCUGAAAGACCAGGUUUUGCUAUUUCUAAAAGUAACUCUGUGAAAGCCUCAAAUCCUAAUGCAGCUAAACCAUUUUCUCUUAAUGUAAAAUUAGAAGAUAAUGUCAUAAAAGACCAAAAAGUAGUGAACCACAUACAUAUAAGUAGUCCUGUAAGCUUGCCGAAAAAGCCACAGACAGACUCUGGCUCUAGUAUCAAAUCUUCUAUUUCACCUUCAUCUCCUCCAAUUAUCCCCAAAUCAGAACCCCAAGCUACAAAUAGUACAACUACCUCUGACCAUGUAGAACUUCAAAAAAGGCAUAGCUCUGAAGAAAAUGUCCAGCAAUUCACUACAGAAUUCAAUUCUGGGGAUUUAAAAGAUUCAGUAGUUUUGAGGGAAAAACCUCCAUCUGGCCGCCAGACACCACAGCCUAUAAGACACCCAUCGUACAUCUUUGCAGUCAAUGAGCAGGAGACUGUAUCAGACACUACCUGCUGGUUGCCCAAUGAUGCCCGUCGAGAAGUAAAUAUAAAAAGAAUUGAACAGAAGAAAGCGUCCGGCUCUAAUUCACCUGGGGACUCCCUGGCAUCCAUCCCUUUCAUAGAUGAGCCCACCAGCCCCAGCAUCGACCAUGAAAUUGCAAACAUUCCUGCUUCCGCUGUUAUUUCCACAUCUGCCGCACAGCCGCCCACCAUAACAACAGUUCCUCCUAGUCCCACUUCUCCGGUCCCUUUGAUUCGCCGGCAGCUCUCUCAUGAUCACGAACCUAUCAGGCCCAGUUGUCUAGAGGUAAACUCCAACUCCAGAUCCAAGUCCUGUGAUGAGGGACUUGAUGACUACAAGGAAGAAGGGAAACUGGCUCUGAAGCAUGGGUCUAGCCUGAAAGGAAUCAAGGGUCCGGAGAGUGUUCAGUCAUCAGAAGACUCUGAAUCAAGGAAGGAUUCCUCAUCUGAUGUCUUCAGUGAUUCCAACAAGGAAGGUUACCUGUACUUUAGACAGCUGUUCACUGAAAAGGGAAAGAGAGUUGGUGGUAGCAUCCGCCCAUGGAAACAGAUGUACACUAUUUUACGGGGUCCGUCACUAUAUUUGCACAAAGAUAAAAAAGACCAAACUGGAAACUCUUCAUCUCAGUCUGACGAUGAGCAACCUAUUUGCAUAAACGGCUGCUUAAUAGAUAUAUCCUACAGUGAUACAAAGAGGAAGAAUGUAUUUCGUCUUACAACAUCUGACCGGGAAUACCUAUUUCAAGCAGAAGAUAGAGACGAAAUGCUUACUUGGAUUAAAUGCAUACAGGAGAACAGCAAUUUAAAUGAUGAGCAACCGGGCCAAGCAAGCAGGGAUCUUAUUAGCAGAAGAAUCCAAGAGUACAACACAAUGAUGAACUCCUCCAGUAACAAAACCGAACCAUCCCCCAAAACACCUCGACCGAGUCUGACCUUCAGACACACUUUCCUGGGGACUAAAACUGAAGGAAGGCUGCAGAGCCCUCACUCUCCAAAGCAGGAUUCAGACCGUAAACUCCUAAAUAAAGAUGAUACCAGUCCACCUAAAGAUAAAGGUACGUGGAGGAAGAAUUUUCCAAGCAUGGUAAGAAAGACAUUUGGAGGAAAAGCAGCCGGCGGUGGUACGUUUGGGGUACGACUAGAUGAAUGCCCGCCAGCGCACACGAACAGAUUUGUUCCUUUGAUAGUUGAUAUAUGCUGUAAAUUAGUUGAAGAAAGAGGACUGGAAUAUACUGGUAUAUACAGAGUACCAGGGAAUAAUGCUGCCAUAUCUAAUAUGCAAGAGGAAAUCAACAAAGGAUUCACAGACAUUGAUAUCCAAGAUGAUAAAUGGAAAGACCUGAACGUGAUAAGCAGUCUGUUGAAAUCGUUCUUCCGCAAACUCCCAGAGCCUUUAUUUACAAAUGAGAAAUACAAUGAUUUCAUAGAAGCAAACCGAACAGAAGACCCAGUAGAACGACUUAAAGUCCUGAAAAACUUGAUAAUUAAUUUGCCAGGUCACCAUUAUGAAACAUUAAAAUUCCUGUCUGCCCACCUGAAAACUGUAGCAGACAAUUCAGAGAAAAAUAAGAUGGAACCAAGGAACUUGGCAAUUGUGUUUGGCCCAACGCUAGUUAGGACAUCUGAAGACAACAUGACACACAUGGUUACCCAUAUGCCAGACCAAUACAAAAUUGUGGAAACACUUAUUCAGCAUCACGACUGGUUUUUCUGUGAAGAGAGUGCAGACGAGCCAAUUACAACUGUACAGGAAGAAAGCACAGUAGAGUCUCAGCCAGUGCCAAACAUAGAUCAUUUACUCCCCAACAUUGGAAGGACUGGAUUAUCCCCCGGAGACGUAUCAGAUUCCGCUACUAGUGACUCGGCAAAAUCUAAAGGUUCUUGGGGAUCUGGAAAAGAACAGUACGGCAGAGAAUUGCUUGUGUCCUCCCUCUUUGCUGCAGCAAGUCGCAAGAGAAAGAAGCCAAAAGAUAAACCCCAGCCAAGCAGUUCGGAAGAUGAGCUUGAUAACGUAUUUUACAAAAAGGAGCAAGUGCAUGUAGAGCUUAUCAAAUCAGAUAACUGUGAAGACGAGUCGAUAGAAGAUAUUGACGUGCUUAGAAAGUCCAAGGGAUUGACAAUGGAAGAGAAGGAUGACAGCAAAAACUCCUUGCAGAUCCCUAAAGAUAAUUAUCUGAGGAAAGAUAAUAAACCAUCUGACGUUACGGUUUCCUGCCCCAAAAUAUAUACAAAAUCUCCAAACUUGGAUCAUAAGCUAAAUGUGCCAUCAGAUGAUAAAAAAAUAUUCACUUCCCAAAGCAACCUUCUAGUAGAUGAAAGCAUGUCUGACUCUGGAACUAUGCUUAGUAUUUCAUCCCAAACCUCUCUGUACAGGUCAAAACCGAAGAUAAUUAGUCCUGAAAUGAAAAGCAGUGAAUAUUUAUCGGCGGAAGUAAGUUCUAUAACCUCAGACUAUUCAACAACAUCAUCAACAAUGUAUAUGACAGGGUUGGAUUUGAAUAUGAUCAGCCCUGAGGUUCAGUCUGUAGCAGAAAGCAAAGGAGAUGAAGCAGAUGAUGAGCGGAGUGAGUUAAUCAGUGAAGGUCGACCUAUGGAAACAGACAGUGAAAGCGAUUUUCCUAUUUUUGCUUCAAGCGCUGCCUAUGAUAGGCAGCAACGAAACAAAGUAGAAAUAACUCCAAAAAGUAGUCGGAGAAAUUCGGACGGAAGUGUAAGCUGCACUGACGGGAGUUCAACACCAAGGCUGGAUAGCCGCCGCUUUAGCUCUCAUAAACUUAUUGAAUGUGAUACUUUAUCUAGGAAGAAGUGUAACCGACAAAAGACAGACAGUGAGUGCUCAGCUGAUAGCAAGAGCGAGGAGACAACUAUAGCUUCAAAUGUGAUAGAUGUAACUAAAAAAACAAAGCCCUCUGGGAAUAUAGAUCUGACAGCAAAAAGUGAUUCUGAAAAACAGGAGCUUGCAUGGCGGCUAAAAAUUACAGACAGACUGAAAAUGCGUCUGAAAGCUUCAGCAGAUGACAUGUUUGGAGUAGGAAGUCAAAAAGCACAGGCAGCUGAAAAUAGGAAGAAAAAAAAUAUCAGACGGCGGCACACAUUGGGGGGACAAAGAGACUUUGCUCAGAUAAGUGCACUAAAUGCCUGGAAAAUCCAUGAAUCUGAGAGCGGUGUUAAAGGAGUGGAACUCUCUGCUGUGGAUCGGUUAAAACCAAAGUGUCCAUCACAGGACCUCUCUAUUUCAGAUUGGCUCGCACGAGAACGUUUACGCACUAGCACAUCUGAACUCCAUUUGGUUGAACCCGUAGAGCAGAUUUUUGAGCACACUAGUUUACUGGAUUCAGCAGUGCCAAAUCCACCCACAUCAUCUUCAUCACAAAUAAAUGCCCCCAUCAGUAGUGGUGGAGCUGAAAUUCCAUCCCAAUUAACACCUCUAUCAGUUGACCAACUAAAUGGUGAAAGCUACCAGAGCAAAAACAAAAACAACUUUAGCGCUGCUGUUGAUGCCCACCCUCAUAAACUUUCUGGUACUCAAGUGGUCAGAUCUAGAUUCUACCAGUACCUUUAAUACCUUAAUUACAAGAGAAAAUGAAUAGCAUUUAGUUUAUUUUCUGUGUAUAUUGACUUUUUUUUUGUGCAGCCUUUAUAUGGGCUGAAUUUAUUCAUAGGCACUGUGGAAAGUCUUCACAGAGCUUAGCUACAGCCACAGGAACAGAAUUUUAGUUGUAAAUCUGAGGAAGUUGUUUGCUUUCAUAUUGUGCAUUUAAAAUUUUACCUAUGCCAUUAGAUAACAAAGAGGUUUCUUUUUAUUUAGUCACUAAGAAAGUGCCUCAUCACAAAUUCAUUCAUUUUAAUAGGGUGCCAUAAAAUUUCAUUAGAAUUGGGAGAUAUGUACUGUGAGCAAAGAUUUUACCGGUAACCAUUUUCAUUACAUUUUAAAAAAAACAUUUUAACACAUAGAUUCAGAGCUUCCGUUCUUUAUGCAUUCCAGUUGAAUCUCUGAGUUUUAUAUACAAACUUUUAAUACAGUUUUUGAGUUUUAUGUGACUUGAAUUUUUAAUCUUUCUGUAAGAUACAGUAAGUAACUGUAUAUAUUAUGUGUAUCUUUUCUUCAGAUACCAGAUUUGAUAUAAAUGUUGUAACAUAGGCAUGUAGAUAGUGAACCAUGGAUAAAACUGGUUUCUUUUAUUGAAAAGAAUAUAAUUCUGCAUGAAGACCUACUAGAUUCUUGUAUCAUGCCUGUGUGCAAACCAACUUUAAACACUGGAAAUAAAAUUUGUUUUGGUGAUUUAUUUUUUUAACUUUAUUUCAGAUUAUAAAGUGUUCAUUCCAUUAGUUUUUUUGAAAGUUUGUUUAAACGUUUAUUCCUGUAGUAUUACUCUGCAGAAUAUUCGCUUGCACAAGAAAACAAAUCUAAAAUAUUUAAUGUUUUUUUUUUCUUUUUCUAAAACGCCACAUUAAUGCAGUUAGCUUCUUUAGGAGAGGGUCAAAUCUCUAAUAAAAACAAUAUUUUCUUCUUAUGUA